AUGGGGAAUAUAGGGAAGAACGAGGAAUGGUGGAGAGAAAUGGACGUAGUUGCAUUUCAGAAGACGCAUCAAGUGGAGAAGGGAAUGGAGAAAAUAAUAGAGAGGAAAAAUGUAAACAAAGUGCUGAGGAGGCUGGGGGAAGUAUUAGAGGAAAGGGAAGAGGAACAGGAAAGGAUAAUUAUAAUGGGAGAUUUUAACGCAAGGAUUGGAGAAAUGCAGGGAGUGGCAGAAGGAGGAAUGGAACAAAUAGGCGAGUUCAAAGAAAGAAGAUCGCAGGACAAGACGACAAGGAAUGAGGGGAAAAGGUUAAUAAGCUGGUGUGAGGAACAGGCAUUAUUAAUACAGAAUGGGAGAGGCAAAGGAGACGAGGAGGGGGCAAUCACGUUCAUAGGGGAAGGAGCGGGGCUGGGACGUAUGCUAGACUACGUAAUGGUAAAACUGGAAGGAGGGGAGAGCCCUGAAUGGUUCAGGGAAAUAGUGAUAGGGGAACAGGAGGGCUCGGAUCACUUACCAAUAAAUUUCAAAGUGGAAUGGGGGCAAAGGAGCAAAGGAGGGGGAGAGAGAAGGAAGGUAGAAAAAAGACUCAAAUGGAAAGAGGCAAGAAGGGAGGAGUUCAUAAAGAAAUGGCAAGAAGAAUGGAAGGAAGAAGAGGGGUGGGCGGAGGAAGAGGUGAGAGGCAGAUGGGAGAGUCUAGUCGAAAGCACGAUAGGAGCAGCAAUAAAAACGGGAAGGACAACGGGAGGAGCAGGCAGAGAGAGAGCGCCGUGGGAUAAUGGGGAGUACACGGAGGAGAGAAGAACAAUGUUUAAGAAAUUAAGAAGAUACAGAAAGGAAAGAAACUGGAAGAACAAGUGGGAAUAUAACCAGGCAAAAAAGAAACUAAAGGAAGUAAGAGGAAGGCUGUCUAGGGAGUGGAUAGAGGGGGAGCGAAGGGAGGUAAGGGAUGGAAAGAACUACUGGAAGCAGAACAGGGGACAGAAGAAGAGGAAGGAGAACAGGCGAGGGGGGAGAGCAGAACGGGCAGAGGAAGAAAAUGCGGGAGAGGAGGAGGAGGAGUUGGAUAAAGAAAUAUCGGAGGAGGAAAUAAGAAAGGAAAUUAACAGGCCGAAGAGGGGGAAAGCGGCAGGGGAGGACGGAAUAACGCCGGAGUUCUCGAAGAACCUGUCGGAGGACGGGAAAAAAGAAACAAUAUGGACAAUCAAGGAACUGUGGACAAGGGAGCAAAUGAUAGACAGAUGGAGAGCAGCGACAAUUUUCCCAAUCCACAAAACAGGAGAGGAAGACGAUGCGGCGAACUAUCGGGGAGUAUCACUGCCAGACAUUGGAUACAAAAUAAUGGCGGAGAUAAUGGCACAAAGAUUAGGAAGGUGGUUAGAGGAGAUGGGGAAGCUGUCAGAGGCACAGGCAGGAUUUAGAGCAAACAGAAGCACAAUGGAACAGGUAUUCGUGCUAGAUGAAAUAAGAGGAAGCAGGCUGAAGAGAAAAAAGGGGAAACUAUAUGUGGCAUUCGUAGAUUUCAAGGCGGCAUUCGAUAAAGUGGAUAGGACGAAAUUGUGGGAGAAUAUGGCGAAAAUGGGAAUAAAAGGGAAAUUCCUGAGAAUGACAAAAAAGAUAUACGAAGAGACACGGAACAAGUCACACGAUUGGAUAAUCAUUGGACCCUUCUCUGAGAUUGUACGUCUCAGGUAUAUCAAUGAUACGGCAAGGUGUCUCCCAAACUGCUGCAAACGGAUAAAAGGGAAGAGUUUUGGCAUAAGUAAUCCCCAACACAUUAAGGAAAACCUGAGAACUAUAAAAGGUCGUCUGAAUUUUAUAUAUAUAAUGUUCACGACCGAACAUGCUCCCCUUUUCGAGAAAUUCAUAAUUGAUCGAAACAUUGACCAAGAAAUUAAACUAGAACCUUCACAUAAUCUCAGUCCUUUGAUGGCCCUUCAAGAUGAUCGCAAAGAAGUGUGCCUGGAUACACCUUAA